AUGGUGGCCGCUGUAGCACCGAGCCAAGUCGCCGUCGACUCGGCCAAGUCGAGUACGAAGGAGAUGUAUGUACCCAAGGAGGAAACUCCCGUGGGCGUACAGUCUUUCUUCCAGUCCAAGAUUCAGUCUUAUGAACUUUUGAUUAAUGAGAAGGCGCAAAACCUGCGCCGUCUCGAGGCGCAGCGCAAUGCUCUCAAUGCCCGCGUGCGCCUUAUCCGAGAAGAGCUGCAGCUUCUCCAGGAACCUGGCUCGUAUGUGGGUGAGGUGGAAAAGGUUAUGGGCAAGAAAAAAGUCCUGGUCAAAAUUCAGCCCGAGGGCAAGUAUGUGGUGGGCGUGGCGCCUGAUAUCGAUGUGACGCAGCUCAAGCCAUCACUGCGAGUGGCUUUGCGCUCAGACUCCUAUACCUUGCACAAGAUUCUGCCGAACAAGGUUGACCCGCUCGUCUCGCUCAUGAUGGUUGAAAAGGUGCCGGACAGCACCUACGAAAUGGUGGGUGGUCUAGACCAGCAGAUCAAAGAAAUUAAGGAGGUCAUUGAGCUUCCUGUAAAGCACCCUGAACUUUUUGAAAGUUUGGGUAUUGCGCAGCCCAAGGGUGUACUGCUGUACGGGCCGCCCGGUACAGGAAAGACGCUCCUGGCGCGUGCGGUGGCACACCACACGGACUGCAAGUUCAUUCGCGUAAGCGGCAGUGAACUUGUGCAAAAGUACAUCGGUGAGGGUAGCCGCAUGGUCCGUGAGCUAUUCGUCAUGGCACGCGAGCAUGCGCCAUCGAUUAUCUUCAUGGACGAAAUUGACAGUAUCGGCUCGAGCCGCGGCGAAGGCGGCGGCAGCAAUGGCGAUUCGGAAGUCCAGCGCACGAUGCUUGAGCUACUAAACCAGUUGGACGGUUUCGAAGGCACGCAGAACAUCAAGGUCAUUAUGGCUACAAACCGCAUCGAUAUCCUAGACAGCGCUCUGCUGCGCCCCGGUCGCAUUGACCGAAAGAUCGAAUUUCCCCCGCCUGGCCCCGAGGCGCGUGUGUCGAUUCUGCGCAUCCACUCACGGAAAAUGUCACUCCAACGCGGGAUCAACCUGCGUGCCUUGGCCGAGAAGAUGGGCCAGUGUUCUGGUGCCGAGGUGCGCGGUAUUUGCACAGAGGCAGGUAUGUACGCUCUGCGUGAGCGUCGGCAACACGUGUCACAGGAAGACUUUGAGCUAGCCAUUGCCAAGGUACUCAAGCGGCACACGGACGGCUCCAUGAGCGUCAAUAAACUGUUUACGUGA